GAGGAGGAGGAGGAGGAGGCCGAAGGAGGCCGCCGCGAUGGACAGCACGGGCAAGGAGCGGGAGGCCGUGCAGCUGAUGGCGGAGGCCGAGAAGCGGGUGAAGGGCUCCCACUCCUUCCUGCGGGGGCUCUUCGGGGGCAACACCAGGGUGGAGGAAGCCUGCGAAAUGUACACCAGGGCUGCCAACAUGUUCAAGAUCGCCAAAAACUGGAGUGCUGCAGGAAAUGCGUUUUGUCAGGCGGCCAAGUUGCACAUGCAGUUGCAGAGCAAACACGACUCGGCCACCAGCUUUGUGGACGCUGGUAACGCCUACAAAAAAGCAGACCCACAAGAGGCCAUCAACUGCUUAAAUGCAGCUAUCGAUAUCUACACUGACAUGGGGCGAUUCACUAUCGCUGCCAAGCACCACAUCACCAUUGCGGAGAUCUACGAGGCUGAGCUGGUAGACAUUGAAAAGGCGAUUGCACACUACGAGCAGGCUGCGGACUAUUACAAAGGAGAGGAGUCUAACAGCUCAGCCAACAAGUGUCUGCUGAAGGUGGCUGCCUACGCCGCGCAGCUGGAGCAGUACCAGAAAGCGAUAGAAAUCUAUGAGCAGGUUGGAACAAACACGAUGGAUAAUCCUUUGCUCAAGUAUAGUGCGAAAGAGUAUUUCUUCAAAGCCGCUCUGUGCCACUUCAUCGUGGAUGAGCUGAACGCGAAGCUUGCACUUGAGAAAUACGAAGAAAUGUUCCCAGCGUUCACAGAUUCACGGGAGUGCAAGCUAUUGAAAAAACUGCUGGAAGCCCACGAGGAGCAGAACUGUGAGGCGUACACCGAGGCAGUUAAAGAAUUCGAUUCAAUAUCGCGGUUGGAUCAGUGGCUUACAACCAUGUUGCUUCGCAUCAAAAAGUCAAUCCAAGGAGAAGGGGACGGGGACCUGAAGUGAAUCGUGCGUGGUAUUUGUGGCAUGCAGCCUAAGUAAUCUGUUCUUGUGUUACAGCCAAGGACCACUAUGGGAUAUGUGAUAAAAUAUCUAGCUUUAUUUUGUUGCUUACAAAUCCAAUGACUUGUGUGUUUCGUUAGUAUCCUGCUCUUUGUUGUGACAACAUGGGUAGAUGAGAAGCGAUGCUCUGGGUAUCACUGGCAGAUCUCUCUGAGGCAAAAGAAGUACUUCUGGCAGAAAUCCUUUCUUGGUUUUGUUAGCUGAUGAACCCAAAGUCUGCACUUGCAACUACUGGUUUUUCCUGCUGUUCUGUCUUAAGGCUCAAUACCAUCGAUUACAGCAUGUAAAUAUUUUGUCUGUGCCAGUACAGUACAAAUAAUUGCUUCUGAGCUGUUGCUGUAUCGUUACCGUUUUCUGUUUCUAAAUGGACCUCUGUCAGAUAGACUUGGAUCUUGGGUUCGUUUGUUUUUUUUUUUUAAAUGAUUGAGCUUUUUUAAUGGUGCUAGUGAACGGCUUUGUGACUCUUACAUACAGUAUGCAUGUGUGUGUAUACAUCCUAUACAGAUACAUGUGUGCACCUAUAAAUACAGAAUAGGUAAUGACCUUGUGCUGAAAGCAUUACACGCUAGGGGACAGGACUGCUGAGAUUGGCGUUAGCCCUCCAGACAGUUGUCGCAAGUAGACCUAGUUAACGGUGUAUUUUGUAUUUCAGAUCUAAAUAUAAAAUGUAAGGUUCUUCUAUAUUUUCUUGGAUCUAUUUUUCCACUUCCUUUAUUUUGUGGUGCAUCCCAUCCCUCCUACCCUGAGAUGACUUGACCCAAGUAAUAAUCUAUUUUUCUAACUUUUCAUUUACACAACUCCUGCUGCAAUCUCUACUACAGGUCUUUUGUGUGCGCGCCAGGCAAUACCCAUUAGUUUCUGACCUCUCUGCUGUUGGCGACACUGCCCUCAUUCUCAUGAUGUGCAAAGGUGUUGACUGAGACUUGCUGUUAUACAGAAACUUUAAGUCAUCUGGGUGACAGAUGAAUCGAGCUUGCUUUGAAAAGGUGUAGAUGCGUUUAAAAAUUCCUGCAGUAAUUUUAGAAAGGUGUUUUAAAAUGUCUGCAAGCAAGGCUCUUCUGUGCAAUGCUUUGUUUAAUGAGCAAUGAUUAAGCUACCUAUUAUUUCGUGUAUAUAUUAAGAGGGACUUGGGAGCCUAUGCAAUUUGUUGGGAGAAGGGGAGUUGUCACUCAGUAUUUCUCUGCAAUGAAGAGAUUUUUCAGCUGUGCUACUGACAUAUAAAGAAUGGAAAAGUAAUUAAUUAACUGCUUUAUUUGGCACAACUGCUGUUUAAGUGGGCCCUCCUCCAUGGCCAGAGUGGGAGUAUCACAGUAGUGCCCAGCGUGGACUCUGCCCGUUGUUCCUUGUGAUGAAGCAAUACUCUCUGGCAACCAAAAUGCUGGCUUUUGCACUUCAGUUUGUUUUU